AUGGAAGAAGUUGAUAGUGUUUUGGUGGACAAUGUUAAGUCCUUUGCUGCUGGUGGCUUCGGUGGUAUAUGUGCUGUAUUAACAGGCCAUCCGUUUGACUUGGUUAAGGUUAGAUUACAAACAGGUCUAUACAAGUCUUCAGCUGAAUGUAUCAAGCAAACUUUGGUUAAGGAUGGUCCAUUAGGGUUCUAUCGUGGUGUGAUGCCUCCAUUGGUGGGUGUGACACCUAUGUUUGCUGUUUCCUUCUGGGGUUAUGACGUUGGUAAGCGUCUUGUUGGUUCUUAUACUGGUAAGCAAGCGCUGGAAUUCACGAUCCGUGAUAUUUCAACAGCUGGUUUCAUUUCUGCCGUUCCAACUACUUUGGUUGCUGCACCAUUUGAAAGAGUUAAGGUUAUGAUGCAAGUCGAAUCAGGUAAGAAACUGUCUAUGGCUUCUACCAUCAAAAAUAUCUACAAGGAAGGAGGCCUCAGAUCAGUUUUCAAAGGUUCUGUUGCAACUUUGUGUAGAGAUGGACCUGGUUCUGCCAUUUAUUUUGCAACUUAUGAAUACGUAAAGGCUGCGUUACUGGCUCCUGGUGAAGAUUUGAGUUUGUUGGCUAUUUCUACCGCUGGUGGUUUAGCUGGUGUUUCCAUGUGGUUAGCAGUUUUCCCCAUUGAUACGAUUAAAUCCACUCAACAAUCUUCCAAUGUUCCCGUCUCAAUUGGCCAAGUUACAAAGAAGAUUUAUGCUAAGGGAGGUAUUAAAGGAUUCUUCCCUGGUGUUGGACCUGCUUUAGCCAGAUCUUUCCCUGCAAAUGCUGCAACUUUCUUGGGUGUUGAAUUGUUCAGAAACUUUGCUGACAAGUACGUGUAA